AUGCUGUCUUCUACUAUCUCAGUAUGCUGUCUUCUACUAUCUCAGUAUGCUGUCUUCUACUAUCUCAGUAUGCUGUCUUCUACUAUCUCAGUAUGCUGUCUUCUACUAUCUCAGUAUGCUGUCUUCUACUAUCUCAGUAUGCUGUCUUCUACUAUCUCAGUAUGCUGUCUUCUACUAUCUCAGUAUGCUGUCUUCUACUAUCUCAGUAUGCUGUCUUCUACUAUCUCAGUAUGCUGUCUUCUACUAUCUCAGUAUGCUGUCUUCUACUAUCUCAGUAUGCUGUCUUCUACUAUCUCAGUAUGCUGUCUUCUACUAUCUCAGUAUGCUGUCUUCUACUAUCUCAGUAUGCUGUCUUCUACUAUCUCAGUAUGCUGUCUUCUACUAUCUCAGUAUGCUGUCUUCUACUAUCUCAGUAUGCUGUCUUCUACUAUCUCAGUAUGCUGUCUUCUACUAUCUCAGUAUGCUGUCUUCUACUAUCUCAGUAUGCUGUCUUCUACUAUCUCAGUAUGCUGUCUUCUACUAUCUCAGUAUGCUGUCUUCUACUAUCUCAGUAUGCUGUCUUCUACUAUCUCAGUAUGCUGUCUUCUACUACCUCAGUAUGCUGUCUUCUACUACCUCAGUAUGCUGUCUUCUACUAUCUCAGUAUGCUGUCUUCUACUAUCUCAGUAUGCUGUCUUCUACUAUCUCAGUAUGCUGUCUUCUACUAUCUCAGUAUGCUGUCUUCUACUAUCUCAGUAUGCUGUCUUCUACUACCUCUCCAUACCAUCGAGUACACGCAAUGCACCCGUUCAUGAUGUUUCUGUUUCCAUCACCUGGUUCCAACCUUCCGUGCCCGCCUCAGACGCUCUGAGCAAACUGCAUGAUUCCCUUGAAGGUUCCCGGGUGACUUGUUCAAUUCACGGUAUUCCCCGGCAUAUACGGCGGUACUCUUCUUUAACUCUUCCUCCAACGCCAAAGUACAAGUCGCCUACUGUAGUAUGGGAGUGA